CUGAAACAGCUGAAAGUACAGAACUCUCAUCCGUCUCCAUUCCCAAAAUCCAGAAGCUUUUUAGGACAGACGCGUGAGAACUCUGUGAUGGACUGUGAGGAAAACGUUGGGAAUGAAUCUCUUGUUCUGAUAAAACAAGGAGCUGAAGCUAGGGUGUUUGAGUCUACAUUUGCUGGAAGAAGAUCCAUCGUGAAAGAACGAUUCCCGAAGAAGUACAGACACCCGGUUUUGGAUGCAAAACUCACACUUAAGCGGAUGAAUGCGGAGGCUAGGUGUAUGACAAAGGCAAGAAAGCUCGGGGUUUGUACUCCAGUACUCUAUGCCGUGGAUACUCUGCUUCACUCCUUGACACUUGAGUAUAUUGAGGGCGACUCUGUUAAGGACAUUUUCCUUGACUUUGGAGCCAAUGGGAUUGUUGAGGAACGGUUAGAUGAUGUUGCUACUCAGAUUGGGGCGGCCAUUGCGAAGCUCCAUGAUGGUGGCUUGGCUCACGGUGAUUUGACCACAUCAAAUAUGCUAGUCAGAAGUGGAACGAAUCAGCUCAUGGAUCGUAUACUGACAGCGUACAGGAAGUCGUCGAAGCAAUGGUCAGCCACGUUUAACAAGCUUGCGCAAGUGAGGCAACGAGGGAGAAAGCGGACUAUGAUUGGAUGAGCCAAGAUAUUUAUUUAUUGAUCUUGUUGAUCCUAUGGUUAAUUGAUUGGUACUGAAGCUAGUGAAGGUGAUGUUGUUGUUGUUGAAGAACAGAAGGGACCAUUGAAUGUGAAUGUCACAAAAGAGUGUCAUGACGCUGCACUAACAUCAGAUCCAAAAUCUCCCUAUGUGUGGGUGAAUUUUGCUAUAGGAAAUGGUUUGAGAAUGCAGCCAAUGUUGGUCACAACAGCUGAAGGAAGAAGGAAUAAUAAAAACAGAAUUGGAUUUGAGAAACUUAUGAUGAUGAUUCGUUUCGUUACGAUGUUGAAAUUUUUUACUUUCCUAAUUUUAAUUUUUGUUUUUCCCCUUUCUUCAAAAAGACA